AAUCGGUUCAAGAUUACAGACAGUCGUUCAUCAGAAGCGUAGAGACAUCCACACAAAUAAUAAUUUUAAUAUUUACUUAGUAAUAAUAAUAUAAACAACUUAAUAAAUCUAUAUUAAAUGAAUUUGUAAGUUAAAAUGAGUCGCGCAGUGUUACGAGUAGUUGUGUUGAGUGUGCUGUUGUGCCAUCUUCUAACUGUGCUAGGACAACAAUGCAACGACUGCAUCGAGGUGACGCGGUGCGAGCGCGGGCUGGCGCUGGCUCAGAAAAACGACCAGGCCUCGCAGAGGCAGCUGCGGAACGUGUUCUGUGGGUUCAAGAAUAACAACCCUCAGGUAUGCUGCUCCCAGCUCGGCGACUCCCUGGACCGGCACCCGGGGCUGGCGCUGCUGCCGCAGGACUGCGGGUUCGUGGACGGGAACCGCAUCGUGGGGGGAGGGCCAGCCGGGUUGUAUGAGUUUCCUUGGAUGGUGCUCAUCUCUUAUAAGACCAGAGACGGGCUGAAGUUCCAGUGCGGGGGCAGCCUCAUCAACAGCCGCUACGUGCUGACGGCCGCUCACUGCAUCAAGGGGCUGAACAUCGCGGGGGUCAGAGUCGGCGAGUACGACUACCGGACUGUGGAGGACUGCGUGGGACAGCAUGAGAUACAGUGCGAGAGUAGUAUACAGGAUAUAAGAGUAGCGGAGCCUAUUGUCCACCCAGAAUACAGCGGCAAACCAGGUCCAGUCCUAAACGAUAUUGGACUUCUAAGGCUCAAGAAAGAAGUCAAUUUUACACCCAAGAACGCCAAGCCGAUCUGCCUGCCGAUCUCCUCGUCUCUCCGCCAGCGGGCGCUCGCCGGAGAGAACGCCACGCUCGCGGGCUGGGGCUUCACGGAGGAGCAUCUACCGUCUCCCGUGCUGAUGACGGUCAAUGUGCCCGUGCACACGCCUGAGGACUGCCGGUUCUCGUAUCAUAAAGGAAAGCUAUCAGAGUCGCAGCCAGACCUGACGGUGAACAAGCUGUGUGCCGGCGAGAAGGGCAAGGACUCGUGCAGCGGCGACUCCGGCGGGCCGCUCAUGGUCGCCGGGCUGCACUCCGGGAAGAGCCGGUAUAUACAGUACGGCGUGGUGUCGACGGGCCCCCGCAACUGCGGGUCGGGGGCGGCGGGGUACUACACGGACGUGUCCAAGUACAUGCAGUGGAUCCUCGACACCAUCAAGCCAUGAGCCGCCAAAGGGCUUGUACGGUCAGGUGCAGAGAAACCUGACCACCUCUGAUAACAAUGCUUCUG